CCUUAAUAAACCACUGAAACGCUUCGUUCAAACCUGCGAAUCCAAGGAGGAGUUUGUCCAUAUCUCUCUCCGGCAAUUCAAAUACCUUCUUCUCCGUCGCACACUCUCUCUCUCUCUCUCCUGUUCAGCCUUCCAAGAUCAGACUGCAAGUUGUGGGAAAAUGGCGGUAGUUGCUUCUGCUCCUGGGAAGGUUUUGAUGACUGGGGGUUACCUAGUUCUGGAGAGGCCCAAUGCUGGGAUUGUACUGAGUACAAAUGCUCGAUUCUAUGCAAUUGUGAAGCCACUUUAUGAAGAAGUUAAUCCCGAAAGCUGGGCUUGGAUUGAAGCACAUGGACUGCCUUUGACAGCAGAAACUUUGGCUGCCCUUCCAUCUUUUAGUUCAAUUACUUUCAAUGCAGAAGAAGCAAGUGGAAAGAAUUGCAAGCCUGAAGUUGCAAAAACUGGAUUGGGAUCAUCUGCAGCUAUGACAACUGCAGUGGUUGCUGCUUUGCUUCAUUACCUCGGAGUUGUUAACCUUUCCCCCUUGACUAAAGAUCAACACCAAGAAAAGGAUGAUACUGUGGAUCUUGAUGUAGUGCAUGUGAUAGCUCAAACUGCUCACUGUAUUGCACAGGGAAAAGUUGGCAGCGGCUUCGAUGUCAGUUCCGCAGUUUAUGGGAGUCAACGUUAUGUUCGGUUUUCUCCAGAAGUUCUUUCUUCUGCUCAGUGGAAAAAAUGGAAGAAUAAUUUCCCCUGCAGAGACAAAACUUGCAAAUAUUGGCAAGUGGACCAUGAACGGGCUAAGUUUUCAUUGCCUCCAUUGAUGAGUCUUUUACUAGGAGAACCAGGUGCUGGAGGAUCAUCAACACCAUCCAUGGUAGGUGCUGUCAAGAAGUGGCAGAAAUCUGACCCUGAAAAGUCUCUAGACACAUGGAGAAAGUUGUCAGAAGCAAAUUCAGCUCUUGAAAUGCAAUUCAAUAUGUUAAGUAAAUUGGCAGAAGAGCAUUGGGAUGCAUAUACGGUUGUCAUUAAUAGCUGCAGCACGCUUAGGUCAGAAAAGUGGAGGGAGCAAACUGAUGAACCGAGAAAAGCAGAAGUUGUCAAAGGAUUGUUAGGAGCAAGAGAUGCCAUGCUUGGAAUCAGGCGUUACAUGCGCCAAAUGGGGGAGGCUGCAGGCAUCCCAAUAGAACCUGAGUCACAAACACAGCUCUUGGAUGUUACUAUGAAUAUGGAAGGUGUUCUUUUGGCUGGGGUUCCUGGUGCGGGUGGCUUUGAUGCAAUUUUUGCUGUCACCUUGGCCGAUUCAAGCAGCAAUGUGACCAAAGCAUGGAGUUCUCUCAAUGUUCUGGCUUUGCUGGUGAGAGAAGAUCCUCAUGGGGUUUCUUUAGAGGGCGGUGACCCACGAACAAAGGAAAUCACAUCAGCCGUUUCUGCAAUUCAGAUUGAAUAAGCUGUAUUACUAAAGUUUCUGUAUUAAAAUUAUCAUUUGGGCUCUUUAUUUGGUCCCAAAAUUUGAUCAGCGUAGUAUUACUAAUAGAGGAGUUCAUUCAGGCUCUCCCUCAUGUUGAUUUCAUUUAGGUAUUAGGUGGUG